CUAAUACCAGCACCCCACCCCUCCCAUCUCUGCACUUCUACAGCACAAGAGUAAGCACAGAGAGCCUGCAGUGCCUGAUCGCGCUAACCCAAAAGAUCCACAUACAAGAGGCAAUAUCAACUCUCGCUUCUUCAAAGAGGACAAAAAGGACCAAAGCAAGGGGAGGCAGAGAGAGGGCAGCCUCAACAAAAAAAACCUGCACUGGACAAGUGAAGUGAGCAAGAGUCCAAUUCUGUGAGGGGGGAAAAAAGAUUCACCUUCAGCAGAGCAGCAGCUGGUCCUUAGCUUCACAGCAGGACAGGAGAGAGGAGCAAGGAGAGAAAAGUGACUGGAAUGAUAAGAUGAGAAGCAGGUAUGUUCUCCUGAGGAUUUCCCCUACAGCUGCCCUCCUGGGACUACUGGUCGUGUCGUUGCUUGGGAUGCACGCCCUGGCCGUGUGUCCCUCCAUGUGCUCCUGCAGCCGCAGCCACAGGGAGGUCGACUGCUCCUGGAGGGGUCUGAGGCAGUUGCCCGAUGGCCUGCAGCACAACAUGCGCUCCCUCAACUUGUCCCACAACCGCUUCCAGCACCUGGACCACCGGCUCACCAUGUACACCCAUCUCCGCGUCCUCGAUUUGUCUCACAACCGGCUGAGCCAGCUGCCCGCCGGCUUGCCUCGCUCUCUCUGGCAGCUCCACGCCGCCUCCAACCACAUCCAGUUGCUGGACAAGAACGACACUGUCUAUCAAUGGAACCUGCGAUUGCUGGACCUCUCCUACAACAAGCUGGAGCGGGCCACCUUCAUCAACAACACGCUGAUCAAUCUGUGCACCCUAAACCUGAGUCACAACCACUUCUGGACUUUGCCCACCAACAUGCCCAUGCACCUGGAGGCUAUUGACCUCUCGCACAACUUGCUCGUGAAGGUGCUGCCCGGCUCCCUGGACCGGCUGCCCAGAUUGACUCACUUCUACUUGCAUGCUAAUCGCUUUUCCACACUGCCCUUUGGAGUGUUGGACAAGAUGACAUCACUCAGAGUCAUCGCUCUGGGCAACAACCCUUGGGCCUGUCACCUUUACGACAACAUCACCUACGUGCUGUCCUGGACUCAGCAUACCGCUGCCCACGUCCUGGGCUGCCCCUGCCACACCGAGUCGGUCUGCGGAGGGUCGCAGCCUAGCCGGACUGGAGGGUGGCACUUUGCCUCCUACAACCUGCCCCCAUUGGUAGCGGGUGCCCAGGACGUGAGCUCCCUGCCCCCGGGGGCCGGCGUUACCGAGUGGUGGUACUUGUCUGUUUCUGCUCCCCCACACACCCAGAUGGAACAGCACCCUUUCACAGACACACCAGUCAGCAUCCGGGAUCACAUGCUCCACACUCAUCCUCAUCUCUUUCCUGGCCCCGACGAAGACUCACCCACUGACUCACUCACAUCCCCUUUUUCUGACACGAGCGUCUUUACCGAAACACCCAUCAGGGCUGACAUGACCCUGCCCAUAGAUCAAUUCUUUACCACAGAGAGCCCCUUCGCCAAAACAAAGAAAACCACCACGCUUCGCACGAGGAGCGUGAGGAGGCCGAAUCAGUCCCACCCGAGGGAUGUCAACAACAGCGGCCCCUGCUCCUCCUCGCUGCCUCUCCUUCGCAACCUGGGGCUUCUGCUUCUCGUUCUGCAACAUGUGCUCUGAGAGAGAAAUGGAGACGACUGACCACUGAGUGAUUAGCCUACAUUUCAGUUUACAGAAACAAACCACUGAUGUAGUUUGUAGAUCACCAUCAUUCUCCAGCAAAAAAAAAAGGAAGCAUUUACCAUAGAAAUGACAAACUUUAGGAUCAGUGUCAUAAUGCCUGCUAUGCUGAGAAUGCUAUGAUGCUAAUUUUAUAAUUAUACAUUAAAAAAGCAUCACUUUAGCUUUCUAACAAGGCUUUUUACAGGCCUCCCUUUGAAUGUCACUGAUUUAAAAAAGAAAUACCAUUGUAAUGAAUACAGCUAAGCACAUGAUGGCACUAUACAUUCAGCUACCAGUUUAUUAUAUAACUGAAUGGGGCCCUGGUGCUCAUCCGCAACUACAGUCCAUCUAUUUCCAGGCUGACUGAGGUGUUUUCUGGUCUAUAGCACACAAAUUAUUGUCUUUUUUUUUUUCAAAUUUUCUACAACUGUUGUCUGAAACUGUCAUGUUGUUAUUAUUUUGGUGGAAAAUAUAUGACACUCCAUAAUUUAAGCCUCUGGAUGAUUCAGAUUAUUUUCCUAGAUGUGCUUGAUCCCUCAACCUGCUUGUUUCAUGUUAGAAAUCAUAUCACACACCACGAGAGCAGCCUGUUCUGGGGGAUGUUUUUAAUAAAGUAGUCAUGGCAUGUAUGUAACAGGAAGCUGCACAGACUCUGCGGAGCAGAGGGCAAACAAAUGGACAAUGCUGUGUCACUAUCUUCAACAAACUCCCAAGUAGCGCGUCUGUAUUUUGAUCACAUCGCCGACUUAAGUGUCCUUCAUGAUUCAGUGGCGCUCGUGAAAAUUAUCUGCAUGGUGAUUGAACGUUCCAGGAAUGCUAACCUACUGCUAUAUUGCUGCAGAGCAUUAAAGCACAAGACAUUUUCAGCUUAUUUGUGUGAAAUGUUAAGAUAUUCAAAUCCUGAUUGCAUUUUAAGUGGAAAUGGCAGUGAUGUGCCGGCGUGCACAUUUUUACUUCCCAGUAAUACAUUCACAUAAUGUUCCUGGAACAGCAGGAGAUGCAUUGCAGCCAGCUGCAUUUGACAAACUGAAGAGGAAUGUGUUUACUUUUGGAUAAGUCUCCACGAAGAUUUCUGUAAAGUUAAAUAAAAUGUGCUCAGUCACUUACACCUUU